CUGUCAAUGUCUCAGUCUGUCAUUUAUUUUUCAAGAUGGCUCCAAAUCGGAGUGUUUUAGGAUUUUUGAACCCAAAAACUAUUAGUACGGUUUUCACCAAUAGUAUUGUAAAAACUCCAUAUCGUUAUUUGCACGGAUGUAACAACUGUGACAAAUUUUUAGGCGGUCACGCUGUAUCUGCAGCUUCCUUAGCACGUAAAAAUUAUAAUAUCGGUGCUAGACAUCGAUUUAUUCACACGACGAACCAUUUAAGUGCUCGAGCUGACUACUACAAGGUUCUCGGUGUCGCUAAGAAUGCUUCUGCUAAGGACAUCAAGAAGGCAUACUACCAGUUAGCCAAAAAGUAUCAUCCUGAUGCGAAUAAGUCUGAUCCAGAAGCUUCCAAGAAGUUCCAAGAAGUAUCUGAAGCUUAUGAGAUACUGUCUGAUGAGAACAAGCGUAAACAAUAUGACACAUUUGGAACUACUGCGGAUGACAUGGGUAUGGGUGGUGGGCCUACAGGAGCUGAUGGUUUCACCCACCAAUGGCAGUACAAGUCCACCAUAGACCCUGAAGAGUUGUUCCGGAAGAUAUUUGGUGAUGCUGGCUUCAAGAGUGAGGCUUUCAGUGACUUUGCUGAGUCUAAGUUUGGAUUUGGGGCUGCACAAGAGGUUGUAGUGAACCUCCGUUUCACAGAAGCGGCGCGAGGCGUGACUAAAGACAUUAAUGUGAAUGUGGUAGACACAUGUACCAAGUGCCAGGGCUCCCGCUGUGAGCCUGGUACUAAAGCCAUUAAGUGUACUUACUGCAAUGGCACCGGAAUGGAGACAUUCUCUCGAGGUCCAUUUGUGAUGCGCUCCACUUGCCGACACUGCCAUGGAACUCGAAUGCUCAUCAAGUUCCCUUGCGUCGAGUGUGAGGGGAAAGGACAGUCGGUCCAACGCAAGAAAGUGAAAGUCCCAGUGCCGGCUGGAGUAGAAGACGGACAGACGGUCCGUAUGGCGGUCGGCAACAACAAUGAGAUAUUUGUCACCUUCAAGGUGGAGAAGUCCAAUUACUUCCACAGAGACGGGCCUGAUGUACACACUGAUUGUACUAUUUCCGUGGCUCAAGCCUUGUUAGGAGGAACGGUCAGAAUACAAGGAUUAUAUGAAGACCAUACCUUGCAGAUAAUGCCAUGUACGUCUUCACACACCACCAUCAGACUGUCACGGAAAGGCAUGAAGAGAGUCAGCCAACAUGGUUAUGGCGAUCACUAUGUGCAUAUCAAAAUACAGGUACCAAAAUCGCUGUCGAGCAAACAGAAGGCGCUUAUGUACGCGUACGCCGAACUAGAAGAGGACACUCCCGGACAAAUACACGGCGUCUCCCUCGACAGAGAUGAAAAGGCAAAAACUAGCAGUGAUACAGGGGGCGGUAAAUCAGAAAGUUCGGGAACGUUUAAAGGGGGUGAACACAUUCACCAAGCGAAUCGCGAUAACGACGAUUAUGAGCGACAUAAUUCGAAAGCAUGGACGUUUCUAGAAAGUUUGGGUGACGCUUAUAAGACUAAUAAGAUGUAUUUUGUGACUGGUUUCGUAAUGGCAGUGUUUGUCAGUAUAUUUGUGAUGAUGCAUGAUCCUUUAGAUCGGUAUGGUGCUCAUAAGUAUAUGGAGAGUUUAGAUAACUUGCCGACUCGAGACAUGGAUACGCCUUAUGGCUAUCAGAGAGCGAUCCAACGUCAGAGGGAACAACAUCCCGAACUUUAUCAGAAUUUGAAGGAGGCAUGAGUGUGUGAUGGAUUUGAAUGUGAUAUUUGUAUGGAUAGAUAGAUACCUUUUAUCUAUGAUUAGGUCUUGCAGAUUUGUUGAUUCAAAACGACUUAUGAGAAUAAUAGAUUCAUUACAGAAACUGCAGGUUAGUUUCAUUUGAAACUAAUAAAUAAUGUACUCGUUAGAAAAAGCUUUGUUUUUCUAAAGAUAAAUAUUACUUACAUUGCUUUGCGAGCUACAUUUAACAUUAAACCUUAAGACACAGUACUUACAGUCACUUUUCAAACUAGUUUUUAAACAGUCCAUUAUAAAUUAGCAAUGAAUUUGUUUUUAUACAUUGUUCUUAUGUGAUAAGCACACCAAUGUAGACAUUGAAUAUUAUAUUUAAAAUAUAUGUAAACAUAAUUGUAUGUAUAGUUAUUUAUUGAAGAGAUUUUUAUGAAAGAGUUGUGCAUGGUUCGAAAGGGCUUAGUUAUAAUGGUUAUAGUAUGAUGGUUAUACAUUAGUUUCAAUGAUUGUAAAUAUUUCUAGUCUGUUUCAUGAAUACACGGAAAUUUCAAUUUA